UCAGUUGUUGGGCCCCUAUAUAACCUCUUGCAGAGACCCUCUGCCUCUCAUACUUAUUGUAGGUGGUUUGGCAACAACAGGUGUCAGCAUGUCAGUGUGAUGCUGAGGUGAAGAUAUUUGACGUGUUUUUGUUGUGUAGCAGAUCUUUAGUUAGGUUUGUAAAUUUCACUAGAUCAGCAUUUGAGCAUUUUGUCCAGUUGUGUUCCUCCUGACUUUCAGACUCAACAGAGAAACUGCAGAGUUCACAUUUAAAAGGUUAUGGGAUUGGUAACCUGCUGCAUGGUGAACAUGACUAACCAAUCAGCUCUCCUGAAACUGGCCUUGCUGCUGCUGCUUGCGUAUGGCACAGAUGCAAGGAUGAACAUCAUUGCCAGUAAACAAGAUGUGCAGGUGGGAGAAGAGAUCGUAUUGUUGUGUAAAGCUGGAGGAGAGGGAACUAUAACGUGGCAGAAGGAUGAGGAAGACAUUGAUGAUGAAGAAAAGGUGUCAGGGAUAGAUGAGUCCUCCUCUAAACUGAGCAUUAAGAAGGCCACAAUGAAUGAUGCAGGAAAGUACAGCUGUCUGUGUGACUUCGACAGCGGACACCAGGACAAGAUUGACAUACAGCUGUAUAUUUAUGAGGGUCCAUCAUUUGGAAGCCAGAAAACCUACCAUGAGUUUCUGGAGGGCACAAAUGGGAUGGUGCCAUGCCUGGUGACUGGCAAGCCAGAGGUGGAUGUUCACUGGCUUAGAGGCAACCAAAACAUCCCUUCUGAUGAGGGAGAACGUGUGCGUCAGCUGACUGAUAACACACUCCGUAUUGAAAAAGUGAGGAGAGAGGAUGCUGGGCUAUAUGAGUGUCAGGCCUACAUCAGAGGAAGGACCAUCAAUCAGAAGCUCCCUGUCUCUGUUGUCGUCAAUGCUCCUCCUAAAGUGCGUCUGAGAGAAGAGGUGAAAAAAGUGAUGGCUGGAUCAGAGAACAAUGUUUCCUUGCUUUGUUUGGUGGACGGUCUACCGAAACCCAAUAUCACCUGGACCAUGCCGGUGACAUUUGACCCUUCACGCCAUCAGUUUAACUCAGACCGCAGCCAGUUGACUAUACACUCUGUUGCCAGAGGCGACUAUGGGGAGUACGUCUGCACCGCCACCAACAAGAUAGCUGAGGACAGUGCAACCAUCACACUUCAUGUCUUUGAGGCCCCAGAAGUGUUUGUGUCAGCAGAGCAGCUGAGUGUGUCAGUGGGUCAGCCUGUAUCUGUGUCCUGUAACGUCUCUGGCCAUCCUCUGCCUGAGCUGCACUGGUUCAACAAGCACAAUGGACAAACUCUGGACUCUACUCCUGGUCACGUGCGUGCGGUGGAUGGUGUGUUGUUGAUAAAUGAGAUAAUGCCCUCUGAUGGCGGACUGUAUUCCUGCAUGGCUGUUAGCACCUCUAGAAAUGCAUCCAGAGAUGUGGCCAUCCACACCAAUCCCGGUCCUCCUUUCUACCUGUCAGUCUCACCUGGACCGACCUCAGUCCUCUUUUCCCUCAAAACUUUACCCAUGAACGGAGGAACGGAAAUCACAAGUUUUGUCCUGCAGUGGAGGCAAAGUGAGGCAGAACAGUGGAAGGAGGUCACAGUACCAGCUUCAGAUCCUCUUGCUAUCACCGCCCUCAAGCCGUACACAUUGUACGAGGUGCGUUUGGCUGCCUUGAAUGCAGUAGGAGUGGGACAGUUCUCUCACACAAACAAAAUUCGUACCGAGGGAAUUCGAGGUGAACCCGACAGUCCAGUGCUGUCGUCUGAUGAGAUAAAAGUCGAGGGCAACUCCUUCUCUGUCCCUCUUAAACAGAUCGAUGACAGUGGGAUGCCUCUGCUGCACUUCAACGUGCGAUACAGACAGGAUACAGAAGGGGCUGAGUGGAAAGAGAUGAAGCUGUUGUCUGAUUCAGACGCUGUCUCCCUUCAAGACCUGUCUUUUGGGUCAGACUAUCAACUGGAAGUCAUAGCAGUCAAUGCUAAUGGUUCCUCUAUCCCUGCAACGUUAAACUUCACCAUCGCAGAACAACCUGUGAGCAGCCGCACUAUGACCAAAGGCAGCGUGGUUGGCAUUGUCAUGGUCAUCUUCCUGUUGGUGUUCCUGGUGGUAGAUGCCACCUGCUGCUACAGAAAUCGCUGUGGUCUUCUCAUGUCCAUCGGUGUGAAACUGUUUGGACAGAAAGUUCCAGGCCUCAAACUGCUUGAAGAAGGAGCAGGAGCCACUAAUGGAGAUGUGAAGCUGAAGGGUCUGUCCACUCCUAGAGGCAGUAUGCAAAAGGCAGUCACCACGGAGGGGGGGCAGCUCAAAGAGGUCACCUGCGACAAAGCCCCCCUCACCAAACAUGAGAAAACACAACCAGACAGAGAGCUGCCCAUUGCCAACGCGUGAGGCCAGAAACUGGUGAAACGAGAAACAUGAGAGUAAAACAUGUGCCAGUGAACUGCGUAGACAACAAGAGAAACUAUUAAACACCUGGUCACAACCGCUGACUCAGAACACUCAGCGAUCUCUACAUUGGAUACAUCUGCCAUGGGAAAGGUCAAAUGUGCUGUCACACUGUAGGAAACUGACUGAUUUUGUCACAGUGUGUUAAAACUGGUCUUCUUCAAACCUCUGUGCUUUUGGAGUGAGAUAGCAGCAGGUGUGUGUUCAGCCUCUCUAGACAGAAUUGUGCUGACACAGACCACAGGCAGGUGAAUGGGUCAUUUUCUAUCUCUGUCUGCUCUGAUGUAGAUCACUUCAAGCUAAACUUAAGAGACAAAAUCUCCUUAACAGAGUGAUAUUGAUGUCUGUGUUUUACAGGGUAAAAUUGUUGUUACUAUUUCAUUUUCAAAAAUAUUCUAAAGGACACAACAAACGUUUACCUAGCGAAUGUUUGAUACAGACACAAGGUCUUAUUUUAUUUUACUCUUUCUUUAACCAUACCAUGACUGUCUUGUGCAAAUCAACUUUGUUUAACAUCCAAAAAUGUGUUUGUAUUAGUGAUGUCAUUUUAAAUAUCUUUAUUGUUAGUAACUUUUUAAUGGUUGUGUAAACAAUUAGACAUCUUUUUUUUUUUUUUUUUUUUAGAUUAAAU